CGGGCGGUGGGCAAAGCUACAGCCACGUGCAAGGCACGCCGCGUAGGGGUUCUUCUUCCUCGGCUCCUCGCGCCGCACUACGCCGCAUCGCGUCCUCGCUUGGUAGAUAUAGGGAAGGGAUUCGGCGGGUGGUGGUGGCGGCGGCGGCGAGUGCGAACCAGUGGAGGAGGCACAAGACCCUCACGGGUUUUCUAGUAGUAGAUACUAGAUAGUGAUAACCGAUUUUCUCCUCUAGAAUCCCACUCCCACUCGCGCACAAUUACGCACUCAAAGCCCGGCCUCCCCCACCACUAGUCCACCACCGGGAAACUUUCCCCCGAUCUGUCUUCUCGCCGUUCCGUCGGCAUGCACGACAUUGGCCUCUCCGCCCGCGCGGCCGGCGCGACGUCUUGCUCCUCCGCCGCCGCCGCCGCCGGGGACGGCGGCGACGAGUCCAAGACCCGGAAGGCGCACCCUAGCUUCGUCGUCUCCGCCUACACCCGCCUGCACUCCUCCCACCGCACCGUCGCCUCCCUGCUGCUCUUUCUCACCGUCGCCGUCGCUGCCUUCCUUGCGGGCCGCGCCCGCCCUAGCGUCGACUGCGCGCCGCCGCGCCUCGAUGCGCGCUUCCUCGCCCUCCCCGACGCCGCCGCCGCCUCCGACUUUGGCUCCCUCGGCGUCCCCUGGUGCAGAUCAAAAACAGGGAAGACUGUGGAAUGGACGUCUAAAGACCUACUUAAUGGAUUGGAAGAAUUUGUACCAAUAUAUGAGACGCGCCCCAUUAAGAAUAACGUAUAUGGAAUGGGCUUUGACCACAGUUUUGGGCUUUGGUUUAUGGCUCGCUGGAUUAAACCGGAUUUGAUGAUUGAGAGUGGUGCUUUCAAGGGGCACUCUACUUGGGUUUUGCGGAAGGCCAUGCCAAAUACUAGGAUUAUAUCACUCUCUCCUAGGCACCCUGAGAAAUAUCUUAAGAAAGGACCUGCAUAUGUUGAUGGAAACUGCACUUACCUCGCUGGGAAGGAUUUUGUUGAUUUUGGAAGCAUUGAUUGGGGAAAGCUAUUGAGAAAUCAUGGCAUUUCUGAUCCUGAUAAGGUGCUUGUUUUCUUUGAUGACCACCAAAGCGAGUUGAAAAGGUUAAAGCAAGCACUAAAGGCUGGAUUCAGGCAUCUCAUAUUUGAGGACAACUAUGAUACUGGUACAGGUGACCAUUAUUCCUUGAGGCAGAUCUGUGAUCAAUCAUACAUCAGAGGUGGUGGACAUAGCUGCUUUUGGGAGAGUGAUGAGGCAAGACUAAGAUUCGAACGGAAGAAGUUCUGGGAGAAGGCUGUGGGGAUAGCUGAUCUAUGCGGAAAGGAUGAUGCAUGGUGGGGUGUUAAAGGUUACAUGAGGGACAAUUUCAACCAUAGCAAUAUGGCCAUCUCGUACAAAGAGCAUUUUCAGAACAGCAGGCUCGUGGAAUCUGUGUUGGAUAUGUAUUGGGAGCUUCCUCCUGUUGCCGGCCCAUCCUUAACACACCAAACAAGGUAUGACCCAGCACGUACAGUUGACCCAAUCAUCGAAGAUGGUCGCUACGGCUUGUUCCGAAAGACCGGUCUAGCGAGGUUGGAUGCCUCGGUGUUCAAUGGUUACACUCAGAUGGCAUAUGUGCAGAUAUCAGGUUCAAUGUUGAGCACGGACGAUGUUUAAAGAUUUUUUGUGGGUGAGCUUGUUUCGUUUUUGGCCAACUGUUGAUAGGCUUUUUGUACAACACUGAUGCGCUUCUAUGCUUACUUAGUUUCUUUU